UGUUUAUCAGAAUAAGAUCAAGAAAAUGCAGCAGGACGACGGACAGGAUAAAGCCCAGCAGCAGCUGCAAAACUUCCAGUCAGACGACUUGCUGGAAAAACUAAAAUUACUCAACUACGAAAAGCAUUUGCUGAAGGAGUUCAAGCUAAAGCCCCUGUCGCGUUUCUACUUUGUGAAGGCCACCAAUCCCGGCGAGCAGUUCUAUAUGUUUACCUUGAUAUGCUGGUGGCUCUGUAAGAAGCUUGGCAAGGACAUGGAGCGGCCACAGGAGUACGAUGAUCCCAACACAGUGGCUGCCAAUAUCAUCAAGAUGCUGGGAGAGAUUGAUGUCCCACUGGAUUUCCAACCGAACAAACUGAUACGUGGAGCUGGACCGAUCUGCUUGAUGGUCCUGGAUGUCCUCUCAUCGCAAGCCUGCAAGGUGGCCAAGGUGGGAUACCAAAAGCUGCACAUUGCCCAGGAGGAAGAGUUUCUGGGUGAUUAUCUGGAGGACAAUGCUGAGAUUAUAUUGGAAAAGCUGGAGGAUGAGCAGAAUGCAGCCGCCUUGAGUGAUGAUAGCGACAUGGAGCUGGAGGCGCACAAUUUCAGGCAGCUAAAUUGGAUAAAUCGUCCCCAGAAAAAGUCGAUUGGGGAUGUUAACCUCGAUGACAAGGAGUUGGAUGCCCGGAUGAGCGAUCAUCAGGAGUGGCACCUGGAACUGGAGAGGGUUCUGCCGCAUCUGAAAGUCUUCGUCAAGGCGGAUGCCAGAGAUUGGAGGACCCACAUCAGUCAGAUGGAGGCGCUCAGAGCGACUAUAGAAGAAAUCUCGGAGACCACCGAGGCGCAACUGAAGAAACUCCACAGCGAGUUCACCUUUAGCUUGGAGAAGAUCGAAAGUCGCGAGAAGCAUCUAAACAAUGAACUCCAGCCUCUGAUUCAGCAGUUCAAGGAACUGUCGAUUGAGCUGUCCGCCAUUCAGUAUGCCCAGAAUCAAGUGCAGGCGGACACGGAGAAGCAGAUGGCGGAGCUCAACGAGGUCAUGUUGGAGCAGGAGCUUAAGAAGGAGGAAAUGGAGCGACGUGGACAAGUCAUGUCCGAUGGCAGUUCGGUGCAGCAGAUCAGGAAAUCGAUCGCCAAGCUGAAGGAGGACAUUGCGCAACUCAAUCUGGAAGUGGCUCUGCUGGUGCAUGCCCACGACCAGGACAUAGUGGUGCGGCAGUUGAGCCAAAAUCAAACCACCGACGUGGCAAACAGCCCAUAAAACCUAUAGCCCGUUGAUAAGGAACUACUUAGC